AUGUCGACGAUUCCACCGCAAGAUAUGCCUCUUACAAAUGCACCAGCUUCAACAUCCUCAAAUCCCAUAUUUCAAGCUACGCAACUACCAUCUUCCCAACCUCCCCAGAAAUCCAUGACCAAAGCUGAACGUCGAGAACUUCAGGACCGUCAAAGGGCCGCGAAACAGCAGCAAGGUACUUCUAUAGGAGGUGGAGGUGGAAGUGCCAGUGGACAGAAGCAGGCUGGUGGACAGAGGCACAAGGAUCUAUUGUCAUCUUCAUCGAAACCCCCGCCGAAAUCCUCUGCACCGAAAAAUAAUCGACCAAGAUCGGAGAGCUCUGCGCUACGACCUGCUGCUGAUACUGGGACCGGAGAUGACUUAUCUUCGUCCCGGAAAGGGCUUCGGAUUUUUUCACAUUUCGGGCUAUCCGAACUUCCGACAAAACAAGUCAAGAUCGCGGAAGGCGAUCUCGUACAUCCAGCUGUAGCAAGGUUGGCUCUCAUGUUUGGAGAAUUUAAAAUAUGUGGCGCAAAUGCUCGAUGCAUUGCUACGCUGACUGCUUUCAAAACUGUGAUCCAAGACUACACAACUCCCCCUAAUACUACUCUCUCGCGACAUCUAAUGAGCUAUCUCUCUCCACAAAUCACCCAUCUAGUCGUGGCACGACCGAUGAGUGUGACUAUGGGGAAUGCUAUUCGACAACUCAAGCUAGAAAUUAGUGGAAGUGAUAUUGAUUUGCCUGAACAGGACGCUAAAGAUGCACUGUGUCAAAAAAUAGACAACUAUAUACGGGAUCGCAUUAUCAUCGCUGACCAGGUUAUAGAAGACUUAGCAGUGAAGAAGAUCAGAGACGGAGACGUCAUUUUGACUUAUGCGAGGUCGUCCAUUGUUGAAAAAAUCCUCCUUCAUGCACAUACUCUGGGGAAGAAGUUUUCGGUCAUCAUCAUAGAUUCUCGGCCCUUGCUCGAAGGCAAACAACUUUUACGUUCACUUUCAUCGUUGCCUUCUCCAUCACCUCAUUCUUUCCAGCCCGGCAUACAAUGCACAUACGCUCUUCUUCCUGCGCUGCCCUCGCUCAUCCAAGACGUGUCGACAGUUCUUGUAGGUGCCCAUUCUCUCCAUGCGAAUGGGAGCGUAUACUCGAGAGCAGGUACCGCAAUGGUAGCGAUGAUGGCUCGGGAGCAUGGUGUUCCGGUAAUGGUGUGCUGUGAGACCUACAAAUUUAGCGAGAGCGUAGUCUUAGAUGGAUUUGGGAAAAAUGAACUAGCACCGAAUAAAUUGUCUCUUCCAUCACCGAGAUCCAAUUUGUAUCCAAACUUGGAAGUAUUGAAUCCCUUAUACGAUGCAACGCCAUCUUCCUGUGUGACGGCGGUGUGUACGGAGGUUGGAUUGAUUCCUCCUACAAGUAUCAGCUCAAUUCCUCUCGCCCUCGGGAAAACAACCUUGUAG